GUGAUCUUUACGAGAACAUUUUUGUUCCCCUGAUCGAUCUUAAAGCCACUGUCAUCAUCUUCGCUACAAACCCGCGGGACCAAAGGAGAGAAACUUCGAGGUCCAGUUUGCAUUCCAGAUUAGAUUAUCUCUAGAGAUAUUGCGAACGCGAUUGCCAUGCCUGUCGAAGUAGCGAACGUUGCGUCGGAGGUUACUUCGUUGCCCAACGGCGAUUUGAAAUCCCAAAACCCUAGCGGCGCAGCGAAGAAAUCUCGGGAAUCCGAGCGCCGCCGGAGGCGUCGGAAGCAGAAGAAGAACAAGCAUAACGCAGAUGGCGGAGAUGACAUCGACGCUGCUGCGGAGUACGCCAACGGCACCGCCGAGGAUAGCUCUAAAGAAAACUCCAAUCCUCAAAAGGCUUUAGAACCAGUAGAGGUCGAGUAUGUGCCAGAAGACGCAGAAUUAGAUGGAGUCUUGGAUGAUGAGUUCAGGAAGGUCUUUGAAAAAUUCAAAUUUUUGGAAUCGUCUGCUACAGAGGAGAAUGAUAAGGAGGAUGCUGCUGCAGUUGAUGCACCCGCAAAGAAAAAGAACUCAGAUUCCGACGAUGAAGAGCAAGAGACUCAGCAGAAAGAAAAAGGAGGAAUAUCUAAUAAACAAAAAAAGAUUCAACGGAGGAUGAAAAUUGCUGAACUGAAACAGAUUUGUUCCAGGCCUGAUGUAGUUGAGGUAUGGGAUGCAACUGCAGCAGAUCCAAAGCUGUUGGUAUAUCUAAAAUCAUACCGGAACACUGUUGCUGUACCGCGACACUGGUGCCAGAAAAGGAAAUUUUUACAGGGUAAGAGAGGUAUUGAGAAGCAACCUUUUCAACUUCCUGACUUCAUUGCUGCCACGGGAAUCGAGAAAAUUAGACAAGCAUACAUUGAAAAGGAGGACAGUAAAAAAUUGAAACAAAAGCAGCGUGAGAGAAUGCAGCCUAAAAUGGGAAAGAUGGACAUUGAUUAUCAGGUUCUUCAUGAUGCCUUCUUCAAGCAUCAGACUAAACCUAAAUUGACAACUCAUGGUGAUUUAUAUUACGAGGGGAAGGAAUUUGAGGUUAAAUUGCGAGAAAUGAAGCCUGGGACAUUGUCACAGGAGUUAAAAGAGGCUCUUGGCAUGCCUGAAGGCGCCCCUCCUCCAUGGCUCAUCAAUAUGCAGAGGUAUGGUCCCCCACCUUCUUAUCCUCACCUGAAAAUUCCAGGGCUUAAUGCCCCUAUUCCACCUGGAGCUAAAUUUGGCUACGGACAUGGAGACUGGGGGAAACCUCCUGUGGAUGAAUAUGGCCGUCCCCUCUAUGGAGAUGUUUUUGGUGUUCCUCAACAAGAUCAACCCAAUUAUGAGGAGGAACCAGUCGACAAGACAAAGCACUGGGGAGAUUUGGAGGAAGAGGAAGAGGAAGAAGAAGAAGAGGAAGAAGAACAAGAGGAAGAAAUGGAUGAAGCUGAGCUGGAAGAUGGUAUUCAGUCUGUUGAUAGUCUUUCAAGUACACCGACUGGCGUUGAAACUCCUGAUGUUAUUGAUCUUCGGAAGCAACAGAGGAAGGAACCUGACAGGCCACUUUAUCAAGUGCUUGAAGAAAAGGAAGAGAAGAUAGCACCGGGAACUUUGCUUGCUCCAGGCCAUACGUAUGUGAUUAACACAGGUGCACAGGACAAAACUGGUGCUAAAAGAGUUGAUUUGCUGAGAGGCCAGAAAUCGGACAGAGUUGACGUUACAUUAGCACCAGAGGAGUUGGAUGUCUUGGACAAUGUAUUGCCAGCCAAGUAUGAGGAAGCUAGAGAAGAAGAGAAAUUGCGAACCCAGCGGGAGGAUUUCAGUGACAUGGUUGCCGAGAAUGAGAAGAAGAGGAAAAGAAAGAUGCAGGACAAGGAGAACAAAUCAAAGAAGAAGGAUUUCAAAUUUUAGAUUUUGUUGGUUCUCUACUUUUGAACUUUUCGAGGGAUGAUGAGAAUGGCUUUGGGUGAUGGCCUGCUUGUAUUGUCCUAUGUAUUUGUGUUGCUAUACUUGAGAGAUAAAACCUUAAUAUUUUUAGCCUUAGGUUUGUUUACCAUUACAGACUCAGCACGAUGUCCUUUCAUCCUUUUGGUAAAUCCUGGUGUGGGUGUCCUUGUUUUGACCUAUUAAGUUACUGUGAACUAUUUUAACCUAUCUUGGUGUUUCAUUUUUUUUUCUUGUUUCUCUCACUGGGCAUAAGCUUUUAUGUAAACUGGAAGAUAUUCAAGGUGGAAUUACAAGCAUCAUCUGCAAUUGUACAUUGGAUGGCACAAAUGUAUUGUCACGUGGCAUAUAUAUAUAUAUAUAUUCCUCAGAAUGAGGGUUGCUGGCGAGUGGAAUGGUAGAUUCUUGAAAAUGUAAAACGUGGACUUAAACUGCGUGCUUGUAGUAGAAUUUGUAAAAGUCGUUGCAUUGGUGAUAGCUUUUCUUUUUUUUUUUUUUU